AUGUAUACAGAAGUCGAUGUGUUCGUCAGUAAUUUCACUCUUAUUGACCCUGAAAUAUACCAGCUUUGGAUUGAGGGUUGUUCGUCUAGUGAAGCUGUGUCAACCUUGCAUAAACGUGCAGCAGAGAAACAAAGUGGAGCAACUGUAGAACUGAUUGCAAGUGAUGUUCUAGACCAUUACAGGACCUUUGCAUUAUUGGAGCGUUUGUUAACAGUUCCAUCAAAACUCUCAGAGCAAAUGAUCUUCCAAAUUGAUGAGGCUACAAAACAAAUGCUUAUUGAAAAAUAUUAUGACCUAGAUGAUGCAGUUAUCAGAGAGCUACUUGGUCGUAAACUCUCCUCAAGGCACAGAAAAGAUUUAGACGAGGUGGCGGAGCGGUCGGGCGCACCGCUGCGCUGCUGUCGGCGCCAGUUCGACAACGUGCGGCGAGUGUUCAAGGCGGUGGAGGAGAUGCCGGGAAAUGUGGUGGCCAACAUUCGCAACACUUUCCUCAUAUCGGAGCCCCUUGCCAGAAAGUAUGGUGCCGUGGUGUUCAUCGCGUGUAUGCGGUUUGAGACUGGCAAGCGCAAGUUGCAGUACCUCACCUUCAACGAUUUCUACCACUGCGCACAGGCCAUCAUGGGCAGCUGGACGUACAGCUGCACGGGGCCCGAGUACUACGACACGGAGAUGGACCGCGAGUUCCUGCUGGAGCUGCGCGAGCUGCGGCUGCUGCUGGACAAGGAGAAGGAGCACAAGCACCUGGUGUGCAUGCGCCUCAGGCCCAAGCUGCUCGACAAGUCCUACCAGGAGCUGGAGCUCAACUUCAGGCUGUACACGCGCGCGCUGGUGGGGCUCGCCUGCAACCUGCACCGCGGCAGGGAGCUGCGCUCGCUCUUCGUGGACCUGCUGGAGCGGUGCAUAGAACCGUUGCGGCUGGGCAGUUGGCCCAAGACCGACCUGGCGCAGUUCCUCUGCGCCUACGAACAGUGCGCGCUCCAGAUGGAUGUACUGAGGGAGGCGGACCUGAAGAGCGUGUGGGAGCGCUACAUGCGCGUGGUGAGCCAGUGUCUGCUCACCAUGUACCACCUG